CAUGUCAAAUAAACCUAAUUUAUAUUCAUCCUCAGAAAGAGAGAGAAAUUCGAAGAGUUUUUAUAAAUUAAAAGGCAUGAGAGGUUCAAGAGCAGGUUCUUCAGACAUGAGUGCUUGGUGUUCUGCUGUUGUGUUAUUAUCUUUAAUACUUUUGUUAUCUGUUCGUGAGAACAACGCUUCUAAUUCGAUUAGAGGGUCUCAAUUCUCAACGAAACCUUGUGAGGAGAUUUACGUCGUCGGAGAAGGAGAGACACUCCACACCAUCGGCGAUAAGUGCGGCGACCCGUUUAUCGUGGAGCGAAACCCGCAUAUCCAUGAUCCGGAUGAUGUCUUUCCAGGUCUUGUUCUCAAGAUCGCACCUUUUUACUUCUCCAGAAAAUUGUAAGACAUAUAACAAAAACGUUUUUUUUUUUUUCUUUUUUAAUUUUGUUUGAAGCAUACUUUAUCUAAGUAUGUAUGUAUAUAUAUAUAUAGUUAUACUAAAGGAUUCCAAAAUAAAUACAGAGAUUUUAAAGAAACAGAGCAAAAA